AUGGGCUGCACGCACUUAAAUGUAGAAGAAGUUAUUGAAAGUUCUUCUGGAAUAAUAAGCAAAAUAGAAAGUAUAGAAGGCGCUGAACAAAAACUAGGGUGUGCAAUAUGUAAUAGCCUGUUCUCUGUUGAGGUGUGUAUAGACUGCAAUAUUCUUUUAUGCCGGUCAAAGGGGCAUGUGGAUGUGCACUGGAAAGACACGUGGCAUAAAAAUUACUUUGUGCCAGGAUCAGGAGUUGUUUCCUGUGAGGAGUGCGCCGAAUACAUCACAAUUCCUGAUAUCUCGCGAAUGAUGCAAACAGAGCAGGCUCCCAUCCCAAAGAAAUUCCAGAGCUUGAAUCUAAACUGGGUGAAGGGGUUUCUCAAUCUUAAGAGAACUUGUUAUGUAAGCAGCCUUCUUCAAUCAGUUCUGUCAAUUGAAGUAUUUAUACAGAACUUAUUAGAAGUGAACCACUCUAUGAAUGGGUGCAAGAGCACUGAGUGCAUUUUGUGCUCGCUUAAUAGAAUACUUUUCCAAAUGUAUAACAGCACCAGUGGGUAUGUGGACAUAUCAGAGCUAAUUAAAAUAUUCUGGGAAAAUAAUCCAGCAUUUGCAAAGAGUGAAUACCAAGAUGUACAGGAGUUUUUCAUGUUUCUAAGCUCACAAGUACACGGUCUACUUGAGUGUAAUCCAGCAGCAGACAAAAAAUGUGCAAUCCACAAUACAUUUGGUGGUGUGUUUAUGUCCAGUAUAAUAUGUGACUGUUCAUUUACUGAAGUAAUGACUGAACCAUUCACAUCCAUAAGUAUGGACAUAUUCGGAGGCACUCUUGAAAGCACAUUAGAUAAAUACUUCCAAGAAGAAAAAGUUGUUAUUCAUAAAGAAUGUAAAUGCGGUAAUACAGAAUCAUACACUAAAAAAGUAGAAAUAAAAACUCUGCCAAAUGUUCUGUGCCUGCACCUCAAGAGAUACCAAGUGCAGAAUAAGACGAUAUCAAAGAUAGAUACGGUUGUAUCAUAUCCAGAAGAACUCACAGUGGGAGGCAAAGUAUUUACACUCUCAUCAACUAUUAUGCACAGUGGUGAAAUAGAUUCAGGACAUUAUAUUGCUUAUACAAGAAGAAACAGUCAAUGGUACUUGACUAAUGAUGAGGAAAUAAUCAGAGUUUCAUUAGUAUAUUUGCUAAAUAAACCUGUUUAUAUUCUAUUCUAUACAUUAAAUGCAUAAGAGAUGUAUACCAACAUAUAUGUCUACUAUAUUAUAAACAGGUCAGUCAGAAUAAUCCAAUAAUUAAAUGC